ACCACCGUACAAUCCCGUAAUCAGAAUCUUAGACUUUCUUACCACAAGCAAAUAAAAUGUCCCUCAUGAAACUGUAGUGAACGAAAAUGGCAAAGCUUGUUUGAGAUUUUGGUGUAACUUCAAAAGCUAUAUACCUAUAUGUAGUAGAAGAAAUGGAAUAGAAAAAAGGGUCUUUCUUUCUUUCUUCUUCUUCCUUUUUUUUUUUUUUUACUUUCUUUCAUUUUGUGUUCAAUGAUGACGUGAUAAAAAUCCCAAGAUGAAAUCUUUUGUUUUGUUGAAGAUGGAAUUGAAACCCCAGAAUCCCCAAGUAAGAAAACCUUCCCCAUUUUGAUGAUGAUCUGGUUUGCAUUAGGUACCAGCAACACCCCAAAAAACCCGGAAUUUUGCUCUAAAAUAAGACACAGACAGAUCAAAUUAGAUGAGGGAAGCACCCAACACACUCAAAACCAGAACAGGUAAACUGAGAUCAACAAAGCUACACUCUUCUUCAUGUUCGCCUGUUUUUAUCAAACUUAAAAGAUAAACAUAAAAUCAUCUGCUGCAACACCAAACCCAAGAGAGGGUCUGAAUCUGAGGGUGUGUUGUUUUUGGCUUGCUGAAAAUGAAACCAGCCUACCUAUAUGUUUUUAAACCAUUUAUGGUUCCGUUGCUAGCUCAGUAGAGACCCCUAGCCUCUGUAAUUAUAUAGUUAUUUUUUUAACUAUUCUUUUUGUGCUUUUUUGGGGACCCUUUUCUCUUAAAUAAGUUGAACUGGUGUUGUUGAGCCUAUUGCUGCUAGUGUUGGUGUUUCAUAGGCUGGCUAAUUCCCACCAUUUAAUGCCCUUUCUUGGCCUUUUAAAACUCAGCCUAAUUAAAUCACAUAACAGAACCAACUGUACUAGCUUUUAAAGGUUAAGUCUUUUUUUUUGUUUUUUUUUCUGAAAAAGAAAAAUUUAAAACUUUUAUUUACACCAAUAAUCUACGAUGUGCAACUUACUUUUCACAACUUUUCUUUUUCUCUUCAGUACUUAAAAGCUGAAUUGUCAGUUUUCUUCCUUCAGAAUUCUGCUGUAUCGGGGUACUAAGAAUAAUUUAGUCCUUAUUACUAUUACCAUUAGUAUUAUACAUUUUUAAAUUCUAGCAGAGUUUCCAUAUUUUCAUGUUCAAAACCUUCUUCAUUUGGUGUUAUGGAGUUUCCAAAAUUUCCCCAUUUCGUUCUGUUCUGCCAUUAAUUUUGGCUAACUUGUUGGUGUUUACAGAUAUUGUUAGAUAUAAUCAUCACCAUUCCCUUACCAACACAAAUCCAAGAGAAAAAAAGAGAAAGAGCUUUGUUGCAGAAAAAGCACAAGUCUAGGUUCUUGUUCCCCGAGCUGCGCCGCUUCUUCUUGUCGCUCGUGCGUUCCCGAAAUCCCAAAUCUCGAGGCCCUCAAUGCCGAACCACACACUCUCUCUAUAACCCAUUUGGUUUUCGAUUCUGGGUUUCUCUUCAUAUUUGCCCCUUCAAGAGUUUCAAGGUUUUUCCAAAGGUUUAAAAUCGAGUUUUGAGUUGUUGAGCAACCCAUGAUCAAAAGGGGAGAGUCGGUAAUAGUGGUUUUUUGGAAAUUUCCAUUUCUGCUUUUUGCAUGGAACCCAAGGUACUAGCCUUGAAACCAUUCAAACAUUGGUCUUUGUUUUUAACUAUUUGAUUAUUUCCACCAUUCCGGGCCCUGGGUGUCAUCAUUUUUUUUAAUGUUAAUUGUAUACUGGGAUCCAUAUAUGUUCAAGUUCUGGAGCAUGCUAACAGGGGUUGUUGCUAAUUUUGCUUUGAAUUUUUGCUUUAUCAAUUGAGUUAAAACUCUUGUCUGUGAAUUGGGGAUUCAAAAAGGGUCUAGGAAAGUUCUUGGGUUGCUUAGAGGAAUGUACUGAAAGAAUUGGUUUUGAUGUGGAACACUAGUCUUAAGAGUUGGUUUUGAUGUGGAACACUAGUCUUAGUUACUAGUCAUGCUAAGUUCCGAAGAGGGUGAAAAUGAUGUCUUCUUUGAUUCUUUGGAUUGCUUGUCGACCGAAGAGCCUGUUUUAGCGAAACAAGGAUUAGAGUGUGGGAAAUUAGAGUAUGAAAUUUGGAUGAAUGAACCUGGAAGUGUUAAGGAGCGGCGUGAAAGAUUUCUUCACGGAAUGGAUCUAGUUGAGUUUGCAAAUUCAUCAAGGAUAAAGGAUUUGCAGAGGAUCACAGAGUGCAGUGAUGCUGUCUUGAGUUCUUCGUGUCCGUCUGUUCGCAAUGGGGAAGGAAGUAUUGCUGAUUGUGAUAGGAAAAUGAUGUGUGAAGCCAAUUUUUUGCUCGAUGAAUCAACAGCAGCUCUUGAGAGCGAGAAUAAGGUAUUUGAACAACAGGAAACACAACAACACUUUGAUGAAUCUGAAAAGGCUGAAGUUAAUAGGAAGAAAUUCAAGAAAUGGUGGAAACACUUUUCCAGCAUGAGGAAAGCUGGGGAAAGCAGGGGUUCAUCUAAGACAUCGAAACCGAGUUUCAAAGUAUAUGAAACAAACAGAGUGAUGGUUCAGUCCAACAAGAAAGGAUACAUGGAGUUUUCAGCACUUUACAUGGGACAAGAAAUACAGGCUCACAAGGGCUUCAUCUGGACAAUGAAGUUUAGCCCUGAUGGUCAGUAUUUGGCAAGUGGUGGUGAAGAUGGGGUGGUCCGUAUAUGGCGUGUGAUGUCAACAGAUGCCUUUAGUAAACCUUUGAUAGCUGAGCACAAUUUAGGUAGAUCGAUGGACAAAGGGAAAUUCGGUUUUGGCAGAGAGAAGCCGGUUGACUCUCAAGUUGUUAUUCCUAAUAAGAUUUUUCGGAUUGAGGAGUCACCAAUCCAGGAGCUUCAUGGUCAUGGCAGUGACGUUUUAGAUGUUGCAUGGUCCAGAUCAAAUUUUCUCAUUUCCUCUUCCAUGGAUAAAACGGUCCGUCUCUGGAAAGUCGGCUGCGAUCAGUGUUUAAAUGUUUUUCAUCAUAACAAUUACGUCACUUGCAUUCAGUUCAAUCCCAUUGAUGACAGUUAUUUCAUCAGCGGUUCUCUAGAUGGAAAAGUUAGGAUUUGGGGAGUGUCGGAGAAGCGAGUCGUUCAUUGGGUGGAUGUUUGGGACAUUGUAACUGCUAUAUGUUACCGGCCAGAUGGAAAGGAAUUUAUUGCCGGUUCUAUUAGAGGUACUUGCCAUUUUUAUCAAGUAUCAGGUGAAGACGUUAUUUUGGAGGCCGAGAUUCAUAUUCAUGGCAGAAAGAAAACUUCAGGCAACAAAAUCACAAGUAUUCAGUACUCCCAGGAUGAACCUCACAAAGUUAUGAUAACUUCUAGAGAUUCCAAACUCCGAAUACUCGAUGGGGUUGAUACUGUUCGUAAAUUUAAAGGACUCCACAAGUCCGGAAGUCAGAUGUCAGCAUCUUUUACGUCGACUGGGAGACAUAUAAUCUCAGUUGGAGAAGACUGUCGUGUUUACGUUUGGAACUACGAUGACAUUUGCCCUCGAACAUCGAAACAUACAAAAUCUGUUUCUUCUUGCGAACACUUCUUCUGUGAAGAUGUGUGUGUAGCAAUACCUUGGUUAGGCCAAGGUUCAGAUCAACGGCACUCGGAUCGGUCACUGAGAGGGGAUCAGAUAGAGGGUACUUCUUGGAUCAGAGAUUCGCAACGAUUCUCACUUGGAAACUUGUUCUCCAUAGAUGGCUCCUGCAAGGGUUCUGCAACAUGGCCUGAAGAAAAACUUAUGUUGUGGGAAACAACAGUUGCAGAAGACGAGUAUUAUUCGUAUGAACAACAGCAGCUCUGUCACAACUACGGCGACUAUCACGCAACCUUGCCGGAAACAUGGGGCCUCGUGAUUGUUGCAGGCGGACGGAACGGAAGAAUCAAGACAUUCCACAACUAUGGAUUGCCUGUUAGUCUAUAGGAUUUUUUUGUUGCAAGGGUUUCUCAUGGUCGACUUAAAAGAACUCUCAUUUGUAAAUUUUUUCUAGGUUGAAGAUAUUCAACCCAUUGGCCAUCAGAUUUCAGUUAAAAUUAGAAUUUAAAUUCAAAUACAAGCUAAAUUAAAAUUGCAUAAGAAAA